UAACAGCUGUUGUGUUAAGGUUACAGUAUACCUUGUGGAGGGGCCUUCUCUUUCAUCUCUCCCAGCGGUUUUAUGGCGCUGUGUGAAUGUGCAAGGCUUUUUAAUUAGGCUCUGCACCCAGACAGGCCCCAAGGCUGAGGCAGCGCCGCUCUGUCUGAAGCUCACACACUCCCUCUCUCCAUUCCUUUUUCACUCUGUGUCUCUCGCUCUGUUUUUUUUCCGUCCAUCUCCAAUGUGUCAUCUCCUGUAAUCUCUCCGUUUUUUUUUCUCUUUCUCUUUUUGUACAGUGCUAUUUCGCACCAUGCCACUCAAACACUCGUCCACAGAUAUCUUCUUAUUUUCUCUCGCCCCCCUCCCUCUCUUUCAGCACAACAAACCGCUGUACUCUUUUGAGGACAAUGCCGACUAUGUGUAUGACGUCAUGUGGUCGCCCGUGCAUCCUGCCAUGUUCGCCGCCGUGGACGGCAUGGGCCGCCUGGACCUGUGGAACCUCAACAACGACACCGAGGUGCCAACUGCCAGUGUGACCAUUGAGGGAGCUUCGGCUCUGAACAGGGUUCGCUGGUCGUCGGGAGGGAAGGAGGUGGCCGUGGGCGACUCAGAGGGCAGAGUUUGGAUCUACGAUGCAGGAGAGCUUUCCGCGGUUCACCCUGAGGACUGGGCGCGCUUCGCUCGCACGCUCAUGGAGAUCCGCGCCAACCGGGCGGACGGCGAAGAGGAGGGCCCUAUGGAGCUGGCUUCAUAGGAAGGGGACUCCGAAACCAAAGUGACUGCAGAGCAGGGAGCUGGUGCGAUUCGGUUGGUCCCACUGUAGCAUGUGAUGCUCACUCAAGUUUUUUUUUUCCUUUCUCCGCUUUCGAGCGCACCUUAACGUCUGCUCAGAACAAAGGCAGAGCUUUUCUUGUGAUUUUGCUCUGUGUACGUGUCUUUUAAUUGUUUCUCUGUCUUUAUUCAUUUGCGUAUUGACUUCAGGUGGUGUGUUGCUUGCAUCUCGUGAGCCUACGGUAUAUAUAGAGCGGCAGUAUUAUAGCCUUAUGAAGAUACGUGUACUGUGACAAAGCUUUGCACAGCGUUAACCAGUAAGGCAGGGUCAUAGGAGUUUGUCAUGCAUUAUCGUUUACAUAUAUAAAAACGACUUUAUGUUCGGCUUUUUUUUUUUUUUUCCUGUUGUUUUAAAUCUGCACGAUACACAAACUUAAAAUAUUCCAGAUGCAGGAACCUCAUUGUAGCCGCUUCAUUUCAGUCCGUGCGUCCGGAUAAGGAACAGGUGUGUUUUUUCUCUGCUGAAUGACAGCUUCUGUGAUGAACUGUGACAAGAGGUAUAUUGUAACUCAGAGUGAUUGCUGUCAAAUGUGCUAUGUUUGCUAUUAAAGCAUACAUAAUAAACUGC